AACAGUUGGAAUCAUGGAAACCAUUCUCUCCUCCACAACUCUCCAACUCAGACCUCUCCACCUUCCUUCUCUCUCCUCCACUGCUUCCCCAUUUUUAACCUCUCCACUAAGAAUAUGCAGACCCACAAAGAGAACCACUUCUGUUCAAAUCAACCCAUCUUCCUCAAUAUUGCCUCUCAAAGUAUCUGCUACUUCACAAGCUGCCUCUGCUUCCACUGAGACCUCCACAAGCUCUUCCAUACCCUCCAAAAUGAAGGCUUGGGUCUACGACGAAUACGGAGGAGUCGAUGUUUUGAAGUUUGAUUCCAGUGUUUCUGUGCCUGAAAUCAAAGAUGACCAGGUCUUGAUCAAGGUUGCAGCAGCAGCUCUUAACCCUGUUGAUUUCAAGAGGAGACUAGGAAAAUUCAAGGCCACUGAUUCUCCUCUUCCGACUGUUCCAGGAUACGAUGUUGCUGGUGUGGUGGUAAAGGUUGGUAGCCAAGUAAAAGGCCUAAAGGAAGGAGAUGAAGUAUAUGGGGACAUACAUGAGAAAGCACUGGAAGGACCUAACCAGAUUGGCUCUUUGGCAGAGUACACUGCUGUUGAAGAGAAAUUGUUGGCUCUGAAACCAAAGAACAUAGAUUUUGCUCAGGCUGCUGGCUUUCCUCUUGCAAUUGAGACGGCAUACGAAGGUCUUGAAAGGUCUGGUUUUUCCGCUGGUAAAUCUAUCCUUGUUCUGGGAGGUGCUGGCGGAGUUGGAUCCCUCGUAAUUCAGUUGCCUUGGUCUGGUCACUGUUAG